UAUGGCGGACGGGAAAACGGUUUUUGUAGGAAAACUUGAAAAGAAACUACCUUGAGUGCUACUUGCUUUUGGAAAAAAUGAGUAAAACUUAUCCCAGUGAACGCUGCUUUCACGUCGCUCGUAACGUAUGCAUUUCUAAGCUGCAAGAGCUCAGCGAUCAUGAUUUCCGAGCGCUUUUACCUUCGCUUGUGAGGAUGUCACAGUGUCCUAGUUUGGACGAGAGUUCACAUUGGCAAGAAGCAAAAAAAGAAAUUCAAAAAUUGUUAUGCGGUAUGGAGAUAGUGAACUCCAUUGUAGGCUUGCUCUCAGUGGAUUUUGGAUGUUUAAGACAAGAUUGCUUGAAAGAAAAACAGAUUCAACGUAAGCUUGAAGAGAAUGGUCCAAACAAUCACAGUGCUUUGAUAGAGGCUUCCAGGGUGGGUUUAGUGUUGGAUUUUGAACAGAGUGAACCAUCCAGGAGGCUAAGAUUGGUCCUAAGGGAGCUUCUUCGCGUUAUGAGCCAGUCGUCAGAAAACAGAGAGUUCUCAGCUCUUGAAAACUGUGAAUUUUUUGAAUGUGAAGUUUAUAUGGAAGACAUUUGUGAUGUAUUGUGCAUUGCUCAAGCUGAGCUUUCUGAACUUUUCCCACUUGAUGAAGUGUCAAAGGCCCUCUUGAGAGUUCCAAAUGGUCCAUGGUUUAUAUGCCGCUUGCUCGUAAAUUUCCCGGAUUAUUUUGAGCAAGUGUGUUCAGCUCUGUUAACCAAACAAGACUUGAAAGCAAACAAUCCAUUUCCAUCCUAUAUUCAAACCAAGGCUCUGCAUCACCUCUGUAAGAUGAACCCUGACUACGCUAUGACCAUCCGUAGCGAGGCUGUCAAGAAUUGUUGCCUGCCAGAACUGACUGUAAAGCUUACGCUGGACUGUCAUCUUGAUAGCGGCGAAAGACGAGACUUAGUUGAGUUUGUCAGUGGGCUACUGUUAGGCAGUGAUAUUCGUGUUAGAAAAUGGUUUGCACAUUUUAUUAAGAAUGGUCAAAAACAUGAAGGUAGUGUGUCCAACACUGCACUGACGCAGCUCCGUGAAGAACUUCUGAAUGAAGUUGUGGCAAUCACCCCCCCUGGACAUAGGGAGAGGAUCAGGAAGGAGUGGCAGAAGGGAAGAAAGGGGCAAGAGGGGAUGUCUGAGGGAAAGCGGAGGAUAACAGUUGAUGAACAAGAUAAAGAAACAUUGGAAAUAAUUGAAGCAAUGGACAUGUCAACAGAUUUUGAAAUCGUCCAAGAGGAAGCUCAAAGCUCAUCCCCAGGCCAAAACGAUAUGCCAAUGGAUACGAGCGAACAACCAACAACCUUGCUGGAGAAAGAUGUGAUUAGUGCAACUGCUAUUUUGAGGCUGUUCUGUGCGCUGAAGGGGAUUGCUGGGAUGAAAAUAAGCAACAAGGAGUCAGAUGAACUUGUGUGUCUGAUAACCAGUCAAGCACCGCAGACUGCCGCUGGAGCACGGUUUGUUACAGUCGGGUUGUGCACCAUGUUGGCUUGUUCUGGUAUUGUCAGUACCAGCGAACAAGAACAGGAAAUGAUCAAAUGGAUAAAAUGGCUUUCGAAAGAAGAAUCCCACUACGAAAGCUCCACGGGUCUCCAUAUCUCAUUUGGCGAGAGCCUUCUGCUGACAGCGAUUCAUUUUCAUAGCAAUAAUUUGGAAGCGAUUACCGGUCUCGUUAGCUCCACGCUUGGGAUGAGGGUAAGACCGGGCACUCUGACGAGGAUAAAGACGAUAUUCACGCAAGAUUUAUUCCCCGAAAAAGCAAUAACAGAACACGCAGUGAGAGUUGCCGUGACUGAUCAGUUAACAGCAAAUGACUCAGGCUUUCUUCCAGUUCAUUGCGUCUAUCACUUGCUCAAGAACAGAACUUUCACGAAACAUUCUGUCCAAGUCAAGGACUGGUUGUACAAGCAAAUUUUAUGCUCCUCCAAGCCACUUCAUCCUCUCCUUGUAAAUCUUAUUGACGUGUUCGUGACGUCAGUAGUCAUGCCGCUGCCUAGCAAGCAUCGUAGACUCACGGGCAAUGUCACAGUGGAAGGAUUUUCCGAAACUGAUAUAUUGAAGGUGUUUAAAAGCCAGCAAAGAAAUUCGUCGUCAAAAACAUCUCAAGCUAAUCUGACAGCACAGUUGUUAAUAUUGUAUUAUCUGCUUUCUUAUAAAGACUGUUGUUUAUCCAACAUGAAAUCUUUAGUUGCAAACAACCAUCAUCCUCCGGACUAUUCCCGUUCGCUCUACUCGCAAAUUCCGAUCAAAUAUCUCCUGCAACAAGCCAGGAAAUCACAAGAACAUUACCGAGAUCUUUAUCCGCCAUUACUGCGCCUGCUCGUCACGUACUACCCACAGUUAUGUCUGGUCGAAGACUGGUUAUGCGAGGAAGAUGGUGCAGAGAAACACACACAGGAGUCGAAUAUUUUAUCCACGACAAAUCUGACACCACUCGCUGUUAGCCAAGUUUUAGCCAACCUGCGUCAAAAUCCCACUAUGACUAUGUUGACGUUGCUGAAGUUGAACAAACAAGAUCCCAGGCUCCUGAUUCCCUACGUUGAUGCUGUCGUCGAGGGAUUGCGCAUGGCCCUGGACCCUAGUGUGUGUCGUCGUGUGCAAAUAUUGCUGAAGGACUUGUGGAUGAAACUUAACACGAUGAUACCCAGAAGGUUGUGGUUGUUGACGGUGAAUAAGUUGUGCGAUCAAACUACAGAGUCGACACCUUACCUUGAUGAUGAGCUAAUUAAAGAUCCUCUUACAGCACUGAGAUGUGACCAAAAAAUAUUCAGAUGUGCACCGAUAUUCACAGUUAUUACCCGCGUCCUCAUGGGAUAUUUAGCGGCUUCACGUGCGAUGCUGAAUCAACAUAUUCUGGCGAACAGUAAUCCUGGCCCAAGCGCCUCGGGUACUUCAUGUUCCAAUCCUGAACAGGAGCGAGAGGAAUUGAAGUCUGCGUUAUUAGCAGCACAGGAGAGCGCUGUUGUGCAAAUAUUGUUGGAGGUCUGCCUGAAAACACCUGAAGAAAAGCAGAAGCAUGGGGGAAGCAUGCAAAAGUGUGAACUUCGAGAGAUUCAAUGUCUCGUUUGUUCAACUUUACAUCAAAUGUUCAUAACCGAUCCAAAAUUGGCAAAGCUUGUUCAUUUCCAGGGAUAUGAUCCAGUGUUACUACCGGUCACCGUUAAUGGUAUUCCAUCCAUGCAUAUCUGUCUAAGUUUUAUUACAGAAUUAUUAAAUCAACCGGAGUUAGAAAAGCAGCUCUUUGCUGUCCAGUUAUCUUCAUAUUUAUGCGUUCAAUUUCCGUUGCCAAAAGCUUUGGAUGUAGCCAAGUACGUCAUAAGUCGCAUGACGUCUUUGUGUGAGGCGUUGCCUGGCGACAGGUUGGCGAGCUUCUUUAUCCCAGCCUGUGAAUGUCUGUUGCGUUUCUGCCGUGCUUUCCCGCCUUUAUCGAUGGAUACGUCAUCAUUGCUGAUGAUGAUUGGUCAACUGACUGCGUCCCGUGCGGCUGGAGGCUGCGAAGACGAACUUGAAUUAUCUCGCUAUUACAAUCUACUUCAAGAUUUGCACAAAAACGCAGAAGCUGGACGUGACAUUUUGGAGGACCUUGGGUUCGAAGACGAAGAUAUUAGUGAAGAAAGUGAACAAGUGUUUUGCAAAGUCAAAUCAGACAUCAUUCCUGGUUCAAAGCACAUCGUACUUUAUAAUGUAGUUAGACAGACUUUCAAAGACUUAGUUCAUUUGUGUGUCAUAGAGAAAUAUGGCCUUUCUAAAAGCUGAUGGGAAAUCGAUAGUUAUUUUGGCAUAAUAUGCGAGUAAUUUCCAGUAAUACAUGUACGCUUUGCGAACCUAUUUUUUGUAUUCAGAAGACACUGAUCUA